AAACAUUUACUUAAAUGGAUUUGUAAAGGAGUAUUCAUUUUACAGAGUUGAGUUUAUUACAUGUUAAUGUUAUGCUAACAUAUGUAUACACUAAUAGACAUUUUUAGGACAUUUACAGUUAAUUAUCAGUGCUUUUAUCUCGUCUCUGCAGGUGUUGGGCUUUGAUGCUGUAAAUAAACUGGAGAGUUUCCUGUCUCCUGUAACAGCGAGUGUGAUUGGAGGGUGUUGGACCUCUUUCUCUCUCAUUAAGGGGUGUGAGAGGAUGCCUGUACUUCUGUAUCAUCAGUGUGGAGAAGCUUUACUGGAUGUUGAAUUAAUCAAGCAGAGAGAGAUGGAGAGAUUCCUGACACUCAUUUUACUGACUACAGUUGUAAAACUCAUCACAGCUGACGGUGUGAAUGUGAGGUUGGUUGGUGGUCACAGUCGCUGUUCUGGUAGAGUGGAGGUUCAUCAUAGAGGUCAGUGGGGAACAGUGUGUGAUGAUGACUGGGAUUUGGCUGAUGCUACAGUGGUAUGUAGAGAGCUGGACUGUGGAGAACCUGUAGAAGCUCUGAGAAAUGCUCACUUUGGACCAGGAUCAGGACCAAUCUGGAUGAGUUAUUUCACGUGUACUGGAUCAGAAUCUACACUGAAGAACUGUGGCUCAAUAGGAUGGGGUAAAAGCCCCUGUGAUCAUACUAAAGAUGCUGGAGUCAUCUGCUCAGGAGUCAGGCUGGUUGGAGGUUCUCGCUGCUCUGGGAGGUUAGAGAUACUUGAUAAUCAGUCGUGGGUUUCAGUGUGUGCUGCUGCCUUUGACCAGCAGGAUGCAGAGGUUGUGUGUAGAGAGCUGGACUGUGGGGCUCCUGUACAGGUGCUAGGAGAAGAUGCUUUUGGCAAAGGAGACGCUCAGAUGUGGACACAAGAGAUUCAGUGCAGAGGAGAUGAGUCUCAGAUUCACCUCUGUCCCAAAUCACUAUCACAUGAAAACAACUGUUCACAUGAGCACAACAUUGCUUUGCAGUGUACUGACAUAAUAAAUGUGAGGUUGGUUGGUGGUCACAGUCGCUGUGCUGGUAGAGUGGAGGUUCAUCAUAGAGGUCAGUGGGGAACAGUGUGUGGUGCUGGCUGGGAUUUGGCUGAUGCUGCAGUGGUGUGUAGAGAGCUGGACUGUGGAGAACCUGUAGAUGCUCUGGGUGAUGUUCAUUUUGGACUGGGAUCAAAACUGUUUUGGAUGAAAAAUGCGAUUUGUACUGGUUCAGAGUCUACACUUAAGAAAUGUGGAUUCUUAAAACCAACUGAUCCUGAUGUGUGUCUUGAUAAGAGCGCUCAAGUCAUUUGUUCAGAAGUCAGGCUGGUUGGAGGUUCUCGCUGCUCUGGGAGGUUAGAGAUACUUGAUAAUCAGUCGUGGGUUUCAGUGUGUGCUGCUGCCUUUGACCAGCAGGAUGCAGAGGUUGUGUGUAGAGAGCUGGACUGUGGGGCUCCUGUACAGGUGCUGGGAGAAGAUGCUUUUGGGAAAGGAGACGCUCAGAUGUGGACACAAGAGAUUCAGUGCAGAGGAAACGAGUCUCAGAUUCACCUCUGUCCAACAUCACCAUCACAUGAAAACACUUGUUCACAUGAAAAUGAUGUUGGCUUGGAGUGUGCAGACAUUAUGAGAGUGAGGUUGGUUGGUGGUCACAGUCGCUGUGCUGGUAGAGUGGAGGUUCUUCAUAGAGGUCAGUGGGGAACAGUGUGUGAUCUUAGCUGGGAUUUGGCUGAUGCUGCAUUGGUGUGUAGAGAGCUGGACUGUGGAGAACCUGUAGAUGCUCUGGGUGGUGCUCACUUUGGACCAGGAUCAGGAUCAAUCUGGACAGAUCGUAAAUUAUGUACUGGAUCAGAAUCUACAUUGAAGAACUGUGGAUCAAUAAAUUGGGGUUUUUAUGACUGUGAUCAUACAAAAGAUGCCGGAGUCAUCUGCUCAGGUAAACUGCUCCAAACCCUGUCCUAUUUUUAUAUCACUGAUAAACCAUCUACGUUAAAUGUUGAAAAUUCCCCUUUUAAGUUCCAUGAAAGAAUGUAAGAUGAGAUUGGAUUGACAUGAGAUUGAGUAAUUUUAUUAUUUUACUCCUUUCACAUUAAUAGGUGGUGCUUUGUAGUAGUAGACCAUUAAUGAUAAUAAUUACACAUAGCUAACAAACAGAACUGGAAUGUUUCUUAUCUCUUGCUACUUCAGGUGUCAGGCUUAUUGGAAACUCCAGUUGUUCUGGGAGAAUUGAAGUUCUUGAUAAUCAGAUGUGGGUUUCAGUGUGUGCUGCUGCCUUUGACCAGCAGGAUGCAGAGGUUGUGUGUAGAGAGCUGGACUGUGGGGCUCCUGUACAGGUGCUGGGAGAAGAUGCUUUUGGAAAAGGAGAUGCUCAGAUGUGGACACAAGAGAUUCAGUGCAGAGGAGAUGAAUCUCAGAUUCACCUCUGUCCAACAUCCUUACACAAAAAUGGCUGUUCACAUGAUAAAUACCAGAGGGUGUUUUGUGCUGGUGAGUUAAAAUAAUAUGAAAGUAAUAUCACACCUUUUACUCAUAGGGUGCGUCUCAGUCAGCUCCCUAGUUCAGUAGUCAGAACACAGACCAGGGAGCCAGCCAUUUUAAAGGCUGUUUCAAUCACAAAAUCCUUUGAGUGGACUGGAAUGUUCACUCCCUAAAAAUCCCACAAUGCACUCCAAAAA